UGAGAGUGACGAGGACAGAUGCACCUAGCGGAUGCGGCCCCCAGGGCGGGGGUGGCCGCAAAGAACGAUGUGAGUGCGGUCUCUUCGUCCUACGUCUUUCUUUUACGUUCAAAUUUUAGUUUUUCAUUAUGAAACAUCUGUUUUGCUCUCUCAAACGUGCAUGAAAGUGGAAAAGUGGAGACCUUCAUAUGGGAAAAAACAUAUUGUGGUUUCUCAUUGUAGUAACAGUUGUAACUUUAUUUGCAAUGGCUUGGAGAUCACAUGGAAAAACUAAUAUCGAACUUAUCAGAAAUUUGCGUGCAAAUAAUAUAAUUAAAAGUGAUGCUGUGGAAAGAGCUAUGUUAGCUGUGGAUAGAGGAAGAUAUGCGAAAACCAACCCUUAUAUGGAUGCGCCCCAGGGAAUUGGAUAUGGAGUCACUAUCAGUGCACCUCAUAUGCAUGCCUAUGCUCUUGAACAACUGAGAGAUCAUCUAAGUGAAGGCAGCAAGGCCCUGGAUGUCGGUUCUGGCUCGGGAUAUCUAACGGUGUGCAUGGCACUGAUGGUAGGAGAGUCAGGGCAUGUUGUAGGUAUAGAUCACAUCCCUGAGUUGGUAGAAUUUUCUCGCCAAAAUGUUCUCUCCGACAAACCUGAUCUGUUAGAAAGUGGUCGUCUACAGCUCAUUGCUGGUGAUGGAAGACAAGGGUUUCCCUCUAGUGCCCCUUAUGAUGCCAUACAUGUAGGUGCUGCAGCUCCUACUGUUCCACAAGCUCUGAUUCAGCAAUUAAAACCCGGUGGACGAUUGGUUGUGCCUGUUGGACCAGAAGGAGGAAGUCAGACUCUGGAGCAAAUUGACAAGUCCGCAGAUGGGUUGAUAACUCAGAAGACACUAAUGGGAGUAGUGUAUGUCCCACUUACUGAUAGAAAUCACCAAUGCCCCCCUAACUCUCACCGAUGAUUCUGGUUUUUUUAAACAAACGAAAAGAAAAUUUAAAAAAAAACUGGUUCCAUUACUUAAUUGCCAUUUUUCAUUCUUAAGUCUUUGGGUCAAUAUUGAAAUGGUAACAGCUGUACUCUUCUUCAUUCUGUAAACCAUCAUUUUUGGUGUUCUGUCUGCAAAUUUUUGUGUCUAUUCUGUGCAGUCCAUGUAUUUAAUUUUUUUAAUGUUUUAUCUUAUCUUCCAUUUUUAUGUUAAUCUAAAUUCUUAUAGAAAAUGACAAAUUGUACUAUUCUUAGGUAUCUGUUUUGUCCUACCCAGGAGAGGGCAUCUUAAGCAAUUUUUGAAACCUAUUUUAAAUGACAUUAGAUGUCAAGAUUUAUGGAAGGUGGUUUAAUUAAUUCAUACUAGACAAUGACAACUUCAUAGUUUUUCUGUUUAGUGUAUAGAAUUCUGUUAAUUCCAAUGUUAGGCUCACUAGUCUUAAUUUUGUUUAAGGGCAUGAACUAUUUUUUGUCUUCUUGUUAUGUGAAGAGAGUUUAGUGCCCAAACUUCUUAUCUCUUUAAAAAAUCUCAAGAUUUAAUUGAGUAGCCAUUAUCCACUCCCUUUUACAACUUGGGUGUAUCAUUUUGAUUAGAAAAGCUUGUCUUGGAGUCAAUGUCACUCAGCUAAAUAACAGCAGUUGUUUAAAGCUGCGGAUUCAUAUCUCAUAGACAUUGUGUGCCUUUGCUGGGUGUGCUUAUUGUGUUCUUAUGAAUACAAUUUUCCUUGACUUUCAGUUUGUCUCAUAAGAAACCUUGUCACACUUGUGACAAGUUAGCUUAUGAGGAGGCUACCGAAGUCCUGGAAAAAGUGCAAGCAUGCUUGCAGGGUUUUCUUUUGUUUAUGUUUAUAAGGUGUGAGCCCUUGGUUCCUAAUCAUAUUGGUGUUGUGUAGAUGGGUGAGGUAUGCUUCUUGUCAGAAGUCAAUAAUUUCCUAUCUAAAAAGUUAAAAUAAAAAAAGUUCUAGUUAAAGAGUUAAGAUGUUCUUUCUUCUGAUUAGCAGUGUGUUUGUGUGCCCUACAGUUUCACAAGUGGCCGGCAGUGGCUUACUCAUAUUUAUUGUGCUUUGUCAAUGGUUCAAACCCAGAGGACAUGUGUGAUGCAAUUAUUUACUUACUGUACAGUAUGUAGAAUUUUUUUGUUUAAGAAGAAAAUGUUUGAAAUCAGGUUUCUAAUGUCUUUGCUUCCCUUGUGGGUUUGUGCCAUUGUAUGUCUGUGAUUUUGUAUGCAUUAUUUUGCUUGUAUGGCUAACUUUGCCUGUACCAUAUUGAUGAGGAUUGUGAGAGUGACCUGGAACAAUUAUUUUGUUGAUGUGGUUUGGUUUUGGUCUAUAUCCCAUCAUUUAAACUUUUAGAUCAAUGCACAUUCUUCCAGAGCAUGCCAAACAGAAUGUAAUUUGAAUUCAGCUCUGGUUGUGUAGGUUACACCUUGUGUCUGUGAUGUCUGCGAGACAUAUGCACCAUGCUUAGAACUGUAGUCAAGUCUUAAAUUGAUAUAACAGCCCACCCCAACAUUUCCAAGUUGGGCCAAAUUUAUGUGCUGUAUUUGAGAUUAUUUUGUAAUUGUGUGAGUGAUCAGUCAACCUGCUGUAAUUUUAUUUGUUAUGAUCCAAAACUGUGGUAAUGUUGACUUAUUUGACCUUGAACUAGAUAUGAAAAUUGCAAGUUGUAAGUACUUUAUUGUAAACAAGAGCUCAUACUUUGAGUGUCUUUUGUGGCAAAUUCUCUGGUCUUUGCUUCCUAAUCCCUCUUGUUCUCUAAAAACAUAUUGUACAGAAAUAUAUCAACUUUAAAAAACAUCUAUAUGAGUUUUGGUCAAAGGCUCACUUCUUUCAUGUAACUUCUCUGUUAACUACUAAAAAUAAAUUUUAAAAUUAUAUUAA